CUGUUAAAACCAAAGAUGAGGCAAUUAAACAAGAAAAGAUUGCAGAGAAGAGACGAAUGACAGCAAUCAGAAAUCGCAGACAAAUCUCUUUAUCUGGCACUAAGGUUACUCGACAAACUACUACCGAAACACUUGUUAAAAAAUUCAUUACUUAUCGUAAAAAGGAUGGUGGCUUUAAAAUUACCGAUGAGCUUGCGCAACACCUUGGAUUUCUUAAUAGAGAAUCCUUGGAAAUAGCAAUACGUACUCACUUUGUUUCUGAUAAUUUGGCAAAACUUCCUAGUGAAAUUUUGGUCGCUGCUGUAGCGAUAUGGUAUUUCCGUUUGUUGGGUGUAGAUCAUCGUCAACAUUGGUCCACUGAAUGCGAUUCAUUACAUAAAUGGAUAAGUUUACAAAUUAACAAUCCUCAAAUUGAACGUGAACUUUUGGGAUCUGCCAAAGAAUUUGUUAUCACAAGAUAUAACAUUGAUGAUGAGGUUGUUGAACUCGAUGCUCCAUACCAAG